UAGAAUGCUUCCUAUAUUCCACCGGCGUUUGGAAAGAGUUAGGCAAAGGCAAGAAAAUAGAGAUCUUGUUUUAUAUAGGCGUCAUUUGAGAGAUCACAGUAAUCCAUUCGAUAUUCCUGUAGAACGGUUUAUUGAAUUGUAUAGACUGAAUAAAGAGUUGGCAAGGUAUGUGAUAAAUACCAUAAGCCCAGUGAUGGCUCAAGGAGUGUAUGGGAAUUCCAUUCCAAAUUUGAUUAAAAUGUUUGCCUCAUUACGGUUUUAUGCAACUGGAUCAUACCAAAGAGACAUAGGGCUCGCUUACCUAGUGAGCUUAAGCCAAACAUCUGUGCGUAGGUGUAUUCAGCAAGUUACACAAGCAAUUGAGACUACCAUUGCAAUACAUGAGGUGACAUUUCCAACUAGUGAAAUUGAACAUAAUAGAAUUAAACAUUCUUUCAUGGAUAAGUUUGGAUUACCUGGAGUUAUUGGAUGUGUGGAUGGGACCCAUAUGCCAUUUCCAGGCCAGCCAGAGAAGCUCAUAAUUUUUAUAAUAGAAAGGGCUACUAUUCUCUAAAUACACAAAUUAUUUGUGAUGAUAAUUUAAAAAUUUUAAGCCUGAAUGCAAAUUUUCCAGUAUCAAAUCACGAUAGCUACAUAUGGAGGCACACAAGAAUCAGGCAAUAUUUAUUACAACAAUAUCUUCAAAAUAGAUUAAGGGGAUCUUGGUUAAUAGGAGACUCAGGUUAUAUGUAAGAACCUUUCCUGAUGAUCCCCUUUAUAAAUCCUCUAGAUGGCUCACCGGAGUCUAGAUACAAUCAGUGCCAUAUUAGGGCGAGAAAUUGUGUUGAAAGAUGCAUAGGAGUAUGGAAAUGUAGAUUUAGGGCAUAUCUACAAGAAAGAACAGCAAAGUAUUCACCAAGUUUUGUAGGCUCCUUAGUUAAUGCCACAGCAGCUUUGCACAAUUUAUGUAUAAGAUUCAAUGUCCCUUUAUUGGAAGCUCCAUUAUUAGAAAAUGACCAAGUUAUUGGCCACAUUCAUAAUGUAGAACAUGAGUUGCAAAGGCAGGCAUUAGAUAUUAGAAAUAUUAUUGUUAAUCAAUAUUUUUUUAGGAUAUAAAUGUUUACAAUUAUGUAAAAUGUUUUUUUAAUAAAAAUGUAUUUAUAAUAUUUCU